AUGGGUUAUGCCAUUUUUGGACAUAUUAAUGAUUCAAUUUUUCUUAAUGUGAGUAUACUUAUAGCAUUUGUUUUUGUUCUAUUUUCAGCAACUAUUGGUUUGAUAUCUGCUAAUCUGAAUUCGGUUCCGGUCCUUGAUGGAACAAAUUUUAAGGACUGGAAAGAGAACAUGGAAAUUGUUUUUGGCUGCAUGGAUCUAGACCUUGCACUAAGGGUGGAGAAACCCGAUUCUCCUACGGAAUCUAGUACCUCUAAACAGAGAAAAGAUUAUGAGAAGUGGGAUCACUCCAAUCGCAUGAGUCUUAUGAUCAUUAAGCGCGGCAUUCCUGAGGUCUUUAGGGGUACUAUCUCGGAAGAGAUAAAAGGUGCCAAAGAUUUCCUUGCUGAAAUUGAAAAGCGCUUUGCAAAAAGCGAUAAGGCGGAAACAAGUACUCUUCUUCAGAACUUGAUUUCCAUGAAAUAUCAGGGCAAAGGAAAUAUAAGGGAAUACAUUAUGGGCAUGUCAAAUAUUGCUUCAAAACUUAAGGCGCUAAAGCUUGAGCUGUCGGAUGACUUGCUCAUUCAUUUAGUAUUGCUUUCUCUUCCUGCACAAUUCAGUCAGUUUAAGAUAUCUUAUAACUGUCAAAAGGAGAAAUGGUCACUUAACGAGCUCAUUUGA